CAAAGAGUUGCAGUUGCCCCCUUGUCUCGAGCAGAAAAUUGCAGCAAUGAGUCAGAAAAGUGGAGGAGGGACAAGUUCCCCCCCAACAACUGUAGCUUCAGUACCUAGGUUUAAGGUGAGUUUGAGUAAACCAGAAGUCUGUUGCCUUUGGACAUCAGUACCCAACUGCAGCCAUGAGGCAGGACAUGCUGGCUGUAGCUGAAGGAAGGUGAAGUAUUUCCAGUUUAUAUCUUAACUCGAGACAGCAGGUUUCACUUCAAAUCGGCCUUAAAUCUUCUGCCUAUUUUUCCUCUUCUGUUUUUUUUUUUUUUUUUUUUUUUUUUUUUUGUUAUUAUUUUUUAUUUUAUUUUUUAUAUGUUCGUUUGUGUACUCAUUCACCCGGUUCAAUAUGAUCUGAACAGUGUUUAGAAACUUUUAUAAGGACAUAACUAUAAUGUAGGCUCCUGCUUAUUCUCUCCAUACAUUUCACUUCUCUAUGCAAAGAGAGCCCUCGCCUGUUUUUUUCCUCAAACACCUGUCCUGAACCACACGAAGCCUCCAAAAGCACAUGUGCUAUAUGCAUCUCUGCGCGCUUUGCACUCCCCUCCCCACUGUUUUUUAAGGGCUGCUAUUCAUAGCUUUGCUCGUCAUCACAUGCCAACGUUUGUAGCUCGGGCUGGUCCACCCUGUCCUCUGGUACCAUGUGUAUCUCAUCAACUGGGCUCCAGCGCUUGUUUUUCAUAUUUCCUUUUCACAUACUACUACAAAUGAUUGUCUACUCGAGGGCAAUCAGACUUUUAUUUUCGCCUGUUCUCAAGCGGUACUGUGAACAAGCCUUUCAUGCUUAUAUUGCUAAUAAAGCUCUUUUUUUUAAUAUAAAUGUGUUUAAUUCUAUUUUAAUGGUUGAGCAUUUUAUUUUGCAUUUUAUUAAGAUUUGGAGCAUAAACUAAUCUUUUAUACGGUGAACUAAUGCUUUGCCUCAGCCAUUUCUGAAAUAAAAUGAAAAUCCUGCAAAUAUUUGCACAUGCGGUUUGGUGGAGCAAAUGCUGGUCACUGAUGGAGGGUGGAUCAUCAGGUGCCCCCUAGUGAGUUAAGAUUCACUUUAACCUAAAAACUUGAACUUUUUACAGUCCAAACGCGUCAUGUGAAUGAAAGAGACGGGUUAAAUAACAUGUUAUACUGCGAAAAAAAAAGAAGUAAAAGAAAAAGAAACUGGUGAAGCAGUUAGAACAUCUCACAUUGUGAGUUUUGCAGAAAUAGUCGAGUUCUCCCUGCUGUCAUACUAUCAUUCUAGCUUUAGGGCAUGAUAGAAGCAGAUUUCUGCUGUAAUUCGUUCAUUAUUAUUAGCAGUGUUUAAUAUAUAACAUUAAGAGCUCAGUUUGCACACACUGCCAUGGAUGAGUUCAUAGUAGCAUAGCGAACGUUCAGAACAACAAUCAUAUCUAUGUUUGGUCUGAAUUAAGCCAGAUCUUUUAAAGCUUACCUAAUGCCUAUGCUUACUUUUCUUUAUAUAUGCUUACUUUACAUGCUUUAUAGCUUCUUUGAGCCUCCUGGGUUUCUUUCUUUUUUUUCUUUUUGUCAAAUGGGUGGAAAAAUGUUAUUUACUGUUAUUUUCAACAAUUUCUUUUUUUCCUUUGUUUGAUUAAAUGCUUUUAUUUCAAUAUUCAAUUCAAUAUUAAUUUUUUUUUUAUUUAUAAGGCAGUGACUGAUCUUAAAUAGUUAUAAUAAAGCAGAGGGAUUUUAGUAACUAUACUUUAAUACUAUAAUACUUGCUAUAAUAAUUUCCUCUCUGUUUAAUUACACUUUUUAAAGGCAAAUAUUCAGUUUAAACAGACUUAAAGGGUAGAAAUAAAAGAUUUACCUAAAACAACUGCAUUCAUAUGCAAUCUCGGGCUUAAAUAAACAUCUAAACUGUUCCAGUAUAAGCCACCUGAGGCUCUCCGCCAGUCCUGGGAUUCGAACCUGCAUAUUAUCUUCUGAUCUUCUGAGCCUUAUUGUAGUGAGCGUUAAGCAGCAGAGCAACAGGGAUCUUGUAUACGAAAUCAGCUGAGAAAGAAUGUCUUUAGUAAGAUUAUAUCCUAGUUAAGCCAAAAUAACAUACAGUGUGAAUUAUUUAACACAGUGUAAGCUUCGAAAGGUUUCAAAUGAGACGUUUUCAAGAUUAGUCAUAUCCUGUCAAGCGACCUUUACAGAAGAGGAAUAAUAGUGUGAACGAAAAUAAUAAUAAUUUAAAAAGCAUCUCUUACUUCUGUUUUAGGUUCAAUGAGCUGUAAUGUUUUACAUUCCUUGUUUACUUGGUUUUAAGAAGGGAAACUUUGCUUUAAAAUUGCAUUAAAAUAUAGAUAGCCUAAUUACAGUCGAAUUAACUUGUCAUUCUUUGUCAUUUUCCAUUUCUUGCUGUUAUAAAUAUGGCUCCUAUUAAAUGUUAAUGUGUUCAUUAACAUCUGUGACAUUGUUCCUAAAAUACCUGGUAAUAUUUUUCUUGCAUAUGAACAGGGACAAAAAACCUUAAUGAUCUUAUUUUCAGUAUUAUUGUAGCGAUAGUAUGAAGUGUGUUUUCCUGGGUUUUGUUAAAUUCAGGAUGUUAUUUCCACGUAUUUGAGCAAGGCCAGACCGGGGAUGAAUAGAUUAGGGUGAGUGGAGUUCAUUAGUUAAAUAGAAAACCAUGCAUUGCUUUGAAAAGUCAGUUUUAUCAUUUUCCUUUAUCCAUGUCUUCAUAGCACUUCAUAUCCUAUUCAUCACUUCUUUCAGGCAGGAGAAAAAAAAAUGUUUAUCUGAUGUUAAUUCCGAUUCCUGCUUUUGCCCUGACCGCCUACCAGCACCAGAUUUUUACAUUUCUUUUUUCUCACACUGUCAAUUUUAUCAUCUCAAUCCUUUUGUCCGCCCUUUCUUUACGUAAACGCUUUCAAAUUGUCCUGUACUUUCAUGUCAUUCUUGAACCUGUAUUUCAUUAAUUCCCCCAAUAGGGCUCAAAGUAGACUUGAGACAUGAGACAUGGACUGAACCAUUUGGAUUUCAAAGACUCACUAGUGAUGAUUAGUGAUUUUGUUUUGUUUUGUUUUUUCAAUUGAUUCUUUGAACUUCAUUCAAAAAUUCCUUUCAUCUUUUGAAAAUAAUAUGCAAUGGUCAGCAUUUUAUUACUCAUUCGUUGUCUCGUUUUUAUUCCAGGAAUUUCCCUCUGAAGCAGGGAGUGUCUGCAUAUAAAAUGGUCUGCAGUUCUCUGCUUCAUAGAUGCCUCCUCCAUCACCUCUGCUAAGACCAAGGGAAGUGCCAGCAGUGCUUUUUCCACCUCUUCCAGCUUCGCUGUGCACUCCUUAUGCACAGAACAGGAUGCCGGGACUUCGGGAGAGGCAACUAGCCGUCGGAAGGCAGAUAUGCUCUCCACGGAAGCCAAACUAAGCAGGGGUUGUGGAGAUAAGGCCGGAGGAAGCUCUCAGCAUCAGCACCACCAUCAGAUGACCCCUCCCAAACGUCCAGUGCUGAACAUCUCGCCCCCCCCGGAGGACCUGUUCGACAACAGCCACAUGUCAGGAUGCCAGGACGAUACGCUGCUGGAUUCGGAGCAGAGCAACAGCAUCUGGAUGGAAAACUCGCUCUCCAACUUCAGCAUGAUGAGCUCCAGUUCUUACAACGACAACACGGAGGUUCCACGCAAGGCCCGCAAACGCACGCCACGUCAGAAGCCAGGGCCAAAGCCGGUGCCUGUUGAAGAGGCCAGCAUGGAUGUGUUUGAUGCAGACAGUGCCAAAGGUCCACACUUUGUGCUUUCCAAAUUUAGCUCGGAAAACAAGGCCAGUAGCAAAGCAAGUCCCGAUGGAAACCAAGCGUCCGGUCAGAAAGGUGGGAUAUUGUGUGGCCAGUACCCGCAGAAAAGUGAAGGAAAGGAGCUGAAGAUCCUCGUCCAGCCUGAGACUCAGCACAGAGCCCGAUACUUGACUGAGGGCAGCCGGGGUUCUGUGAAAGACCGCACUCAGCAAGGCUUCCCCACUGUCAAGCUUGAGGGUGUGAAGGAGCCCGUCAUCCUGCAGGUGUUUGUAAGUAAUGACGCGGGCCGUGUGAAGCCUCAUGGAUUCUAUCAGGCCUGUCGAGUGACAGGGCGGAACACCACCGCCUGUAGAGAAGUGGACAUCGAGGGUACCACUGUCAUCGAAGUGCCUAUGGACCCCAGCAAUAACAUGACACUUGCUGUGGACUGUGUGGGCAUCCUGAAACUAAGGAAUGCAGAUGUGGAGGCUCGUAUCGGGGUGGCCGGAUCCAAGAAGAAAAGCACCCGUGCUAGACUGGUGUUCCGGGUGAACAUCCCUCGAGCCGAUGGCUCUGUGCUCACUCUUCAAACACCGUCCUCCCCUAUACUGUGCACUCAACCUGCGGGAAUACCCGAGAUCCUGAGAAAGAGUCUGCACAGCUGCUCAGUACGAGGAGGUGAGGAGGUGUUUAUCAUCGGAAAGAACUUUCUCAAGGGAACCAAAGUGAUAUUUCAAGAGAACAUCUCGGAUGAAAAGUCCUGGAAGGCAGAAGCUGAGAUCGACAUGGAACUUUUCCAUCAGAAUCAUCUUAUUGUCAAAGUUCCUCCAUAUCAAAAUCUUGCCAUUACCUCUCCCGUGUCUGUUGGGGUCUAUGUGGUGACUAAUGCUGGACGUUGCCAUGAUGUGCAAACAUUUACAUACACUCCAGAGCCAGUUAUGGAUGUAUCUGUGAAGAAAGAGACCGGGCCUCCAGGCAAACCCUGUUCUUUGGAACAGAUAAAAGUAAUGGAAAGUGCCUUGCUCGUCCCUGUCUUGCCUCUCGUCAAAACAGAAGAGGUGACUCCAAUGGAAGUCUCCAGUAACUCUGCAGCCUUUAAGACCUCUGAUCUUAUAAACUCUGCCCAACAAACCCUAGAAAUGAGCAGCAUUUCCACCAACAGCCCCACAUUCGCAAACUCAGUAGCCUGUCAACCAAAAGAGCAAGAGCAGCCUCAGGGUUCUGUUUUCUCCAACAAGGAACCAUUAAACAGCAUUCAAAAACAAGACACCACCCAAAACAACUCUUUCCAUGUGUCUGGGAAAGCUCUGCUCCAGCAAGGGGCCCAGCAGUUCCUCUUAGACAGUGACAGUCUAGCCCAGGAAAGGUCAGGGACCACAGCUAGUACGUUGGUGGGGAUUGCCCAGAUGGACGACAGCCCGCAGCACCAACUGUCUCUCCUACCUCCGGAUGAGGUGGCACAGCUCGAGCAGGCGGUUCGCCAGCUGCAGGCAAAGGGGUUCUGCAGCAUCCAGCUCCAUUCAGAAGAAUCACUAGCCAAGAAGCAGCAGCACCAGCUUCAACAGAAGCAAAUCCAGCAACAACAAUUACACCAGCAGCAGAUGCAACAGCAGCAACAAGUCCUGGAGAACCUGCAACAUCAUCUUUUCCAUUCCCAGGUUCCAAUGCAGUGCAGUCGAGAGCAGCAGGGCUCUUCGCCAGGCAUGGUGGAGAACAGUAAUACACUCUUCCAGCAACCACCUCCACAACAGCAACAACAGCAGCAAGCCGUCAUGUACCACCAAGCGAAAGAUCUCAUCUCCAUGCAAUCUGGAUUUCUUCAGCAAGCCCCUUCUCAUUCUUCUUCGCCGCUGUUUCACACCUCAAACACCUUGGCUGAUGCCCAGUCCCCUCAAGAGGCUCUCUUCCACACACAGAAGGCUUCACCCACUCAAGAACAAGUCCAAGCCUCCCUUUUUCAGAACACCAUGAACGUUCUUGAAAGAUCCAGCCUGACUGCAGAACCUCAGCACUCUACGAAUAGUAUGUUUCUCUCCCAGAAUGCCUUAUCUGGUCAGCUUGCUGGAAAUAACAGUCAGUCCCAGCAGCUAGCUUUCCUUAGCUCUAUGCAGACGUCUGGCCUUGAGCCACAACCGGUGUUCCAAGCCACAAGCCAGCUGUCCUCCAUUCAAGAGAGCACACCCAUGGAACAGCAGUCCUCACAACAGGCCUCUCAAACUUCGCCAGGUACUCUCUUUCAGACCAUCCAACAAUCGCCAAGUAACAAGCACCAGACCGGGUUGCUCUAUAACUCCCUGAGCUCAGGAAUGUCUCCAGAACAGCCGCCGACUAGCCUCAUGUUCACUGGUCAGCCUCAGAUGCCUUCAAUGAAUACCACAAGCCUAAUUUCUUCAGAGCAGCAGAACCCAUCACUGCCCUACCCCCAGAAUGGCAUGAUUGCUGUUAGGCAGGAAGUGCCAUCCGAGCCCAUGUCCUUCCAAGAUCAGAGCACUGUUGUGGAUAAUCAGUCUGCAAGUAAGCAGCAGCUGUUCCAGGAUCAACAGCCAAUGCAGCUUGCACCAAGUUCAGGCACUGGCUCUCAGCCUUCUGUGAAUCUCUUUAUAGCCCAGUCUGACAUGCCAAGAAUGCCUCAUGCGUCACAGCGUGCCUCACAGGAGGUGCUUUUUGCUGCACCAAGCAGUGUGGCUGGACUUCAGACCACCACCUCAUCACCGGUACAGCAACCUGGAUCCCUGUUCCAGACCACAGUGAAUGGAAGCCUCAGCCAGCCCAACCAGAACCAGCAACCUAACCUCUUCCUUUAUGACAUACAGAAUGACUGCGGUCAGAUGAUGAACUCCCAAGGAAGCACACUCUCAAACCAGAUCAUUGCCAUCAGCCAGAACCAGAGAGAAAACGAAGGGACAAUUCGUUCCUUACUCAACUCAUCCAUGAGCGAAUCUGGGAACGUGCAGAAUCCCCUCACCACCUCGCAGAACAUGGAGAAGAUCGAUGACCUCCUUGUGAGCCUUCAGGAGCAAAGCAACAGCCUAUCACGUUCAUACUAGGACCUUACAAACCCUAGAGGCUUUUCAAAGAAAAUGGCGGAGGAAUCGCACUAUCUAUGACGUCUACUGUGUGAAUGUACAGUUUUGUUACUGGCAAGUGGAAAUGUGAAUGUCACAGCGCUUGUGGUGUUUGUCUUUAGCUGUAAAUGAAGCAUAUCUUAUACUAGAAGCAGUUCUUUUUGUGUGUUUGUGUGUUUUUUAAGUGUAGUUGCAUCAGCAGCUAAGUACACAACUAUUUCUAUGUGCACCUGUGACUAAUGCAAUAUUUAUAUUAAAACUUUUACAUUAAUCAAAUAGUGAAAGAAAUGCUUAGAUAAAAAACAGUUUAAACAUGCUGUAUGUUUUGCCCCAGUAGCACUUUGUUUGCUUUUAGCCUAAAAUUAUGAGUGGUCUUUUUUUUCUGGUUAUGUUUAAAUGUUCUCUUCAUACACAGAAACAUGUCUGGAAAAACAAUGCAUCUAUUUGUGCAUGACUAUGAAAAAUAAUACAACUUUAUGAAUUCUAAAAUGUGGACAUAUCUCACUAAAUCAUGCUCCGUGCCGGAUUCGAUUGUUUAUGAGCGUCUGGAACGCAGUAAAUCUUUUAUCACCCUGUUCAUUACCAACAAGGUUUUGGUUAUGGUGUCCUAUUCAUUUUUUGAAUGAAGAUUAAAAAGGACACACAUUAUUACGCAUUUGAACUUUGUUCUAUUUGUAAAUACAACAGAAUACUAUCAUUCACGGUAGCAGAGGAUCAGGUAAGGUCUCGACUGCAGGUCUCUGGUUGGGUCGGUGCCUUUAACUCUAUAAGAAAUCUGGCCAGUUUUAUGGCUCAAAGGGUUGAUGAUGGGGAGAAAAAAGAAAAGGCUGCUACCUUAUGAAUGAAAGCAGAACAUCAUGCAAGUUUACUGCCAAGCUUGUUGUAAAGCUGCCAAUUUUUUUUUUUAAAUAGACAUGUCUCGCUAAUGAGUCAGAAGGCAGAACGUUUUCUUCUUUUCUUUUUAUUUUUUUCUAUGAAUAUAUUUUGCAUACAUUACAACAGGCCCCGCUCUGUGUAAUAUUAAAAUCAAUAGCUCAUUUGAGCUUUUACCGAGCUAAACUUACCAUCAGAUUGCUUCUAUUUAAGGACUUUUUUUAUUGCUAGUUUUUGAAUAGUGACUAUUCAGACCUCUGUUUAGGUGGAGGAGCGAUCUUUUAGAUCUUUUAAAGGAGCCCUGUGUUAGGGGAAGAGCUGUGAACUUUAACCUGGAGAAAGAGCUGUCUGUGAUUGCCCUUCAUCUCUGUACAGGACAGAUUUUCAACUAAUUGUUUGUUUCUGACGUUUAAAAAACAAACAUUUUGUGGAUAUUUAACCAUAUUUUCAUGUUUGCCAGAUUUUGAAAACUUUAAUAAUUUAUAUCUCAAAAAACAUUUUCAAAUGGGAGAAAAAUAAAUCAUGGCCUGUUAAAUGUUUUUUAAAAGAAAAAUAUCUGUAUGUGACCAUCGAUCGUCAGUAACAUAAUUGUAAAGCAAUUGUUUUUGCAUUUGAUUCCAUCUAAUGAUGUACAGAUUUUUUGUUUGUUUGUUUCACAAGCUCUCUUGAUAGAAAAAAAUUUAAUUACUGGACUGAAAAAGAAAUGGAUAUCUUGGGACAAUUUUUUUUUUUUUUUAAACCAAGUAAAUGUAACAAAAAAUUUAACAUUUAUGACCUCAUCUGACUUUGGACCAAUCACAUUUUCCUCUGUGAUUUUUUUAAAAUUUUAUUUAUAUUUAAUCAUACUGUAUAGAGAAAUAUGUACUGAAUAUCUUCUUUAUUGAGUAUACCUUCAGUCCACAUUUCACGGCAAGCAGCUAUGCAGUGAAACUACUCCGUAAUCACAAUGUUUAUUUUUAAAUUAUUUCUUCCCUAAUGUAUUUAGCUUUCUUUUUAACAAUUUGGAACCUAUAGCAUUGUAAAUGGGUUUGUUUUUUUUUUAGUUCUUUACUUUCUCAAAGUUGUUGUGACAUUAGGUUUGUAUGUUCCUACUUAAGGGGAAGUAAAAAACAAAAAACAAAAAAAAA